AUGGCGCUGCGGCGGGGCGGCGGCGGGGCGCCGGGACGGCUGCUCUUGCUGCUGGGAGCCGCGUGCCUGAUCCCGCCGAGCGCGCAGGUGAGGCGGCUGGCGCGCUGCCCCGCCACUUGCAGCUGUACCAAGGAGUCCAUCAUCUGCGUGGGCUCCUCCUGGGUGCCCAGGAUCGUGCCGGGCGACAUCAGCUCCCUGAGCCUGGUAAAUGGAACGUUCUCAGAAAUCAAGGACCGAAUGUUUUCUCAUCUGCCUUCCCUGCAGCUGCUAUUGCUGAAUUCUAACUCAUUCACAGUCAUCCGGGAUGAUGCUUUUGCUGGACUUUUUCAUCUUGAAUACCUGUUCAUUGAAGGGAACAAAAUAGAAACCAUUUCAAGAAACGCCUUCCGUGGCCUUCGUGACCUGACUCACCUUUCUUUGGCCAAUAAUCACAUAAAAGCACUCCCAAGGGAUGUCUUCAGUGAUUUAGACUCUCUGAUUGAACUAGAUUUAAGGGGCAAUAAGUUUGAAUGUGACUGCAAAGCCAAGUGGUUGUAUCUGUGGUUGAAGAUGACAAAUUCCACUGUUUCUGAUGUCCUGUGUAUCGGUCCACCAGAAUAUCAGGAAAAGAAGCUGAAUGACGUGACCAGCUUUGACUACGAAUGCACAACUACAGAUUUUGUUGUUCAUCAGACUCUGCCCUACCAGUCGGUUUCAGUGGAUACGUUCAACUCCAAGAAUGAUGUGUACGUGGCCAUCGCUCAGCCCAGCAUGGAGAACUGCAUGGUGCUGGAGUGGGACCACAUCGAAAUGAAUUUCCGGAGCUAUGACAAUAUUACAGGUCAGUCCAUCGUGGGCUGUAAGGCCAUCCUCAUCGACGACCAGGUCUUUGUGGUGGUGGCCCAGCUCUUCGGCGGCUCCCACAUUUACAGAUACGACGAGAGCUGGACCAAGUUUGUCAAAUUCCAGGACAUAGAAGUCUCUCGCAUUUCCAAGCCCAACGACAUCGAGCUGUUUCAGAUCGAGGACGAGACGUUCUUUGUCAUCGCAGACAGCUCCAAAGCCGGUCUGUCGACCGUGUAUAAAUGGAACAGCAAAGGAUUCUACUCGUACCAGUCUCUGCACGAGUGGUUCAGGGACACGGAUGCCGAGUUUGUUGAAAUAGACGGCAAAUCACACCUGAUCCUCUCCAGCCGCUCCCAGGUCCCCAUCAUCCUCCAGUGGAAUAAAAGCUCUAAGAAGUUUGUCCCCCACAGCGACAUCCCCAACAUGGAAGAUGUGCUGGCCGUGAAGAGCUUCAGGAUGCAGAACGCCCUCUACCUUUCCCUCACCCGCUUCAUCGGGGACUCGAGGGUCAUGAGGUGGAAUAGUAAGCAGUUUGUGGAGGUCCAGGCUCUCCCAUCCCGGGGGGCCAUGACCCUGCAGCCCUUUUCUUUUAAAGAGAAUCACUACCUGGCCCUGGGGAGUGACUAUACGUUCUCCCAGAUAUACCAGUGGGAUAAAGAGAAGCAGCUCUUCAAAAAAUUUAAGGAGAUAUAUGUGCAGGCGCCUCGUUCCUUCACAGCCGUCUCCACUGACAGGAGAGAUUUCUUUUUUGCAUCCAGUUUCAAAGGGAAAACAAAGAUUUUUGAACACAUAGUUGUUGACUUAAGUUUGUGA